GGAUGGUCCUCGAGUUCUGGGAGUCCUCGCUAUGUCCAUAGCCAUAGGUGACAACUACUUGAAACCCUACGUGGUUUGUGAGCCGGAGGUUACGGUUACUGAGCGGACGGCGGCGGACGAAUUUUUAAUUCUGGCGAGUGACGAUUUAUGGGACGUUGUGUCGAAUGAUACUGCAUGCAGGGUGGCGCGCACGUGUUUGAGGGGCGGAAACUGUGAUUUAAACGCCCUGCUGUUGUCGGCGGGAAGAGUGGAAAGGGAGGCGGUUAAAGGGUCAGUGAUGGGAGGAGAGAUCUCGGAUAAGGCCUGCGCUGAUGCGUCCAUGCUGUUGACAAAGCUGGCGUAGGCUAGGCAUAGU